GGCGAGGCUCGCGAGGGGGGCCACGUCAUCAGCCGCGCGCGAGGCGAGGCAAAGCAAGGCCGAGGUGACCGUUAACGAUGGAGGCCGGGGAGGUGAAGGCUGCGCGCGAAGGGCCUCUUCCGGCGCAGGACGCCCCGCUGCCUCCCCCGGAGACGGCCCAGGCCCAGCUCUUGGCCUCGGUGGCGGUGGCCGUCUUCGCCCUCCUGGCUCUGCUUAUUUGGAAGUUUGUCCAGUCCAGAAAGAGCAGUCGGAGAGCGGUGCUUCUGGUGGGCCUUUGUGACUCGGGGAAAACUCUUCUCUUUGUAAGGCUGAUAACAGGAAAUUUCCGAAAUACACAGACUUCCAUUACCGAUAGCUCUGCCCUGUACAGAGUUAAAAAUGAUAAGAACACAAGUGUGACUUUGAUUGAUCUUCCUGGCCAUGAGAGCCUACGGCUUCAGUUACUGGAUAGGUUCAAGGCUGCAGCCAGGGCAAUUGUGUUUGUUGUAGAUAGCAUAGCAUUCCAACGAGAGAUGAAGGAUGUAGCAGAAUUCCUGUACCAGCUUCUGAUUGACAACACUCUGAUGAAAAAUGCACCUCCCCUGCUAAUAGCCUGCAAUAAGCAAGAUGUUACAAUGGCAAAAUCUUCCAAACUCAUACAGCAACAACUUGAAAGAGAACUCAAUACCUUACGAGUGACACUCUCAGCUGCCCCAAGCACACUGGAUAGUUCAAGCUCUGGGUCUGCACCUCAGCUUGGGAAGAAGGGCAAGGAAUUUGACUUCUCUCAAUUGCCCAUGAAAGUGGAAUUUGUUGAAUGCAGUGCAAGAGGAAGUAAGGGAGAAGAGGAUAGUGCUGACAUUGAAGCGUUGGAGACGUGGCUAGCAAAAAUUGCCUGAGUUUAAGGAAGCAACCAAGGCACCCACUGGGAAAACUAAAUUGGAAUAGUAUACAGGAUCUCAUGAAAAAAAGCUUGAAUUCCCAAGAACAUCUGGGAUGAAGAAGCAGUGACAAAAGCCAUUUUUCUCUGGGUUGUUUCUGCUUGGCCUCUUACAUUCUGUUCAUUGUAACAUUGUUGAGGGAUCUCUGGUCUCCAGGCAAAUCCCAGCCAGGUGUAAGCCAUCUUUGUGCUUCCAUUUCUCAUUUGCCUCAGCAGUUUUCCAAUGCCUUAUCUAGAGAGGCUUUGUGGGGUGGGGUAUUCUAUGUUGAUGAAAUUUGCAAGAGAGAUAGGAGAUCUUUCCCAUUAUUAUUCCAUGGUUGGAAUUUCUCUGCUUCUCCUUUCCUUCCGUUGUCUUCCUUAUCUGAGUAGCUCAGGAGGAGGAGGAGUUACCUAAUCAUCACACCUUAUUUCCUCCUCCUUUUCAUUUUCUGGGAAGCAUUAUAGUACCCUUCAUUGAAUAAAAUAUAUUCUACCUAAGGUAGUAUGAGCCCUUGUGAAGGCAAUGUACUGCUUGCUGUUAUGAUCCAUCAGCAGGGGUUGACACAGUGUACAAUGUCUGACAUGGCUGUUCUUCUGCUACUUGGCUUGUAGUUACCUGGUGUUGCUGUUGUGAAACAGACCAAAAUAUUUUCUAUAAAGAGUUGGGAACCCUAUCUGGCUGAGGAAAAUCUAUCUGGUUUUGAGCACUUUUUUCCAGUGAGAAUGGAAAUGAUGUACAGUAGGCCCUUGCCUUACACGGGGGAUCCGUUCCGGACCCCCCCCCCCCCAACGUAAGGCCGAUUCCGUGUAUGCUGGAGACCCAUUCAUUUGAAUGGGACUCAUGUACGGCGGCGCGGGAACAUGCGGGGCACCACAGGUGCACACACCAUUCAUUUGAAUGGGAUGUGCUGCCCUGCGUGCUCCCUGCUGCUUGAGCGCAUACGCUCAAGUCCGCGUAAAGCGCGCCUGCGUAUAACACGGGCGCACCGUACUACAUAAUGUUUGGAUUGAUUUGCACUAUUUGCAAUGAAUCCAAUAGCUGAUACAUCUGUAGCUGGAGUGCCUUCCAUUCUUCAGCUUGAUUCCUUCAGAGCUUGCUAAAGUAACCUGAAAACAUUAAAAAGAAAAGUUGAAUAUCCAUUCUGAGAAUGUUACGUUUUGGUGGAUGAAUCUCCCCUCAGUGCCCUAAGAUCUGUCAGUCCUACAGCAGUUUGAAGGUGCUUCUGUCAUGAAUUUUUUCUCCAGAACUCCAUUUCUAUCUGUGCUUGAUUAUUAAGACAGCAACCCUUAAUACUCCAUUUAAAUAUUGGUGUUUUGCUGUUAUUUUUAUAACAGAAAAAGUUGAUUAGAAUUUCUUUUAAUAUAUUACAACUUUGGGCUUACUCAUAAAAUAUAAAAGAUGUUUAUGGCCUAUGAGUUGCAUGUCCCAGCAGUGAACUCUACUGUUUGAGCAGGAGAAAUGGGUGUGUGUGCAUACAUGCAUGCAACUAUAUGGCUAAAUCCUUUAGUAAUCUCAACUAAAGUGGAACCAUUCUCUCAAAUGGAUUUUACACAAUUGAUUCAAUAGCUUGCUCAGUGGCUCAUUUCUAGUUGGGUCUAUCAGUUGGACUGAGACCUAAUACUUAUCCAUGCCUUUAAAAAAAAUCCUCACAAUUUAGUUACUACUACUGGUGCCUGGUUAUCACACAUCCACAGACACAUGUCUACUACUGUAGUAAAUUUGAUGUGAAAAAUCUGUUUUCAUAUUAUAUGAGAGAGCUCUAUCUUUCCACUUGCUAGUCUCAAUUAGAAUAUACCCAUUGAAUUAGCAGAAUUUACAAAUGUGUUGGCUUACCAUUCACCAGUACUACUCAGUCUACUCCAUUAGUAUCAUCCAGUUUACUCUAAAUGGGGAUAGCAAUUCGAUUUAGGCCAUAGGAUUUUGCAUAUAUCUAGCAAUAUCCAUAUGGAUGUGCCAUGAUAAUGGCUCUCUCGUCAUUUCCUCCAGUUUGUGGAUUGAUGAGAAUUAAUUUUGUACUUCUGAGCAACUGAGUUUGGACAUUUGAACAUGAAACAUCUUAUUCCUGAGCUCUGGAACAGUGCUGAUACUGAGCUCUCCUUUGAAACAGAGUUCACAUCCUAAGCCUUUUGCCAGGACCACACAACAAGAGUAAAAUUUCAGCCCAUGUGUCCUCUUGUUUGCCAUUAAGCCUGUGACUCCAGAUGCAAGAAGCUGUUUUAUACAUACUGUAUUUACAAGCUGCAAAGAGGUAUGAGAUGUUUUUUUUUAAUUAUUAUACAAGUUUCUGUAAAUAAAAAUGUGUGACUGAA